CUCGGUCUUCUUGCCAUUUUCAGUUCGUCAGUCGAUCGGAACACAACUUUUAUAAGACAGCGCUUCAUCGUUAUCGUUGGUAUUGAUACACAAGUGGUUCAUUGAUACCAGUUCGCAGAAAACGGAAAAAGUGGUUGAACUUUAUAAAAAUGGCGAAAUUUCUGGUUCUGGGACUCGUCGUUUUGGUCGCGAUUGCCGCAAUCGAUGCUGCCUCAUUUGGUCAGUGUCCGGUGUCUUCCAAGGUGCAAACCUGCACUCCAAAAUGCCUGAGCGAUGUUGAUUGCAGCACUAGCGGAGGAAAGUGUUGCCCGAACACGUGCAACUAUAAAUCUUGCGUCAGUCCCAACCAGCUUACGCAGAGUGGAUCAAGCGGAUCGAGUGGAAGCAAAUAUCAAUCAGGCGGAGCCGGAACUUACUGCGGAAAUGUUAAAUGCAGCGCUCACGAGAAAUGUGACUUGGACAAAUCAACCAAACGCCAAAAAUGUGUACGAGCUUGAACUUUAUUUGAUCGGAAACAAAUUUUACAAACUUUUUACAAAUAAAUAGACACUGAGCUAAAACAUU